GUUCUUUAAAUGAAUUGAACAAGAACUGCAGCAGGUACAAGAACCCAAGGUAGCCAAAUCUCCAGUUGUGGACAUCUUGGAUUUCUGAGUUUGCAGCAGUACUGAACGUUCUGGUCUACCUUCGCACUUGUCAAUUUUUUUAAAUACUCAUCAUGUGAUUAUAAAACAUUUGCAGAGAAAAUUACACCACAAAGAGAUACCACUAUAAUUUCAGAACCUAGUGCCAAAGAUGCCAGUUCAGUCCGCUUCAGAGUUCACGGAUGAUACUCAAAGUCUAGGUCGUUCAGCUGAGUCACAUUCAACCCUUGAAUUAGCAUCUGACAGUACCAGUUCACCAAAACCUCCCCAGGAGAUAUCUUCUGCACAGAUGGAGGGGUGUCUUCUUUGUGCUUGCUCAUUUUGUAAGACAACUUUUAGAUGCAAUGAAGAACUCCUAGAGCAUCUCAUAGUCCAUCAGCAUUCCACUGCUCUUGCUCCUGAAAAUGAGUGCCUCAGUUCUGAUAAUGAGGGUGUCAAAUCAGAUGGGGAAGGUCUCGACCAAGAUUUCUUAGGCCACAAUGAAGAUCCCACCACCAGUAUUGACAGUGACAACAAACCUGUUGAAUGUGAGGUGUGCCCAUACACCUGUUCUACUUCAGAGGAAUUGGAAAGCCACUUGAUUAAACACAGGGAUGCAUACCCAUAUCAUUGUUCAAACUGUGGAAAAAGAUGCAAGAAGACCUGGUGUUUAAAAACCCAUGCAAUAACACAUGGUGGGACACUGAAGGGCCGGAAAAAGAACAGAAAAUCAAAGGACAUUAAGAAUGAUCAGCCAGGCCUUGAUGAACCUGUUACAAUAAACGGUGUCAUUCAAGAACAAUCUGACAAACCGCUAUCCAGUACUUUGAAAAAGUGCAUGUUUUGUGGCCUUUUUUAUACCAAAAAUAUCCUUAGAGAGCAUUGUAAAAUACAUAUAGCAAAAUCUGAUGCUACUAAAAACUAUUCAACUGGACCAACACCUGAAAUUAAUCCCAUUGCUCCACCUUCAACACUCUCUGCAAAUGUUUCUUUUUCAUCUGAUGGCAAUAAGCUGGAUAAAGAAGAACGUGAAAAGGGUGUCUUCAUGGGUUUUCUAAACCUAAAGCCCAAAUCAUCUUCUCCAGAGAAACCAAAACACUCCGUAAUGUGGAUCGCAGCACUGGAUCCAGUGGUCAGUUGUCAAACAUGGCGAUUGGACACCACAGGGAAAUUGGAUGACCGUGACGAGAAAGCAAAAGAAGCUAUACACAGAGCAAAUGCUGAUGCAGACCCUUCAACCGUCAAGGGAAGAAAAAUAAAAAACAGUGUGAGAAAGGGUGAACCUGUGAUUCUUAAGAUUAAGGAUGCUACCCAAAAGGUUCCUUUGCCCGACCAAAAUCAUGAAAAUAGUCCAAAUGAAGUGCCUUCACCAGAUCGACAACAAACUGCACUGACUGAGAAUGACAGGCCAACCCUCUGUAAAGACUGUGGGAAAUAUUUUAAAACCUAUCACCAGCUUGUGUUGCACUUACAAGUGCACAAAAAGGAGAGGAGUGAUUCUGAAUGUUCCUCAAUGAGUAGUGCAAGUGGAAGUCCAUCUGUUUCUUCAGAUACCACAGCCAAUGUGGAACAUCAACAAACCCCAAUGCAAGUUAGUUUGGGGGAAAUGCCAGAAGAUACAAGUAGUGAACCUAUGCAAGCAGAAAAUAUCGAAGAUUAUAACAACAAGAAAAAAAAGAAAUCCCAAUCUCCGAAAUGUACUUAUUGUGGAAAGAGUUUUGGAUCGAAUUACUAUUUGACUGUCCAUAUCCGUUCACACACGGGUGAAAAACCAUACGAGUGUGAAAUGUGCGAUUAUACCUCGGCACAAGCCACCUCUUUAAAAUACCAUUUGCGACACCAUCAUCACUUUAAGGAAGAAGAUGCCAGUGCUAAAGUGAAGCAGAUGAGUAAAAUAGUUUCUCAAAAAUCUGCAAACUCUUCAUUAAAAGAAGCCAGACCAGAUAGUGAGGAAGUGAAUACUCCUAAAGAAGACCGCAAACCUCCAAUGAAACCAUAUAAACUUCUUCCUUCUUUGCAAAACACAUCUGGAGAUUUAAAUCCACCUUUGGGAAAUGGGGACCCUGUUAGACCACCACUCCUCCUUAAUGGUGAUGUUGAUGAAGCACUACCUGGCCAAUCUGAAUCUGAAGAGAUGGAAGUGACUGAUGACCUUGGACUUCAUCAAGGAAGUCAUACAACCCCUCCUAUAAAUCCUCAGUCAUUGCCAUUAAAUUUGAGUUUAACAACUGCUGAAGAUAACCAAAAAUAUCCUGCCAUGCUUGCCUUCCUGAACAUUAAUAAAUGCCAAUAUUGUAGCUACAAUACUUUGUACCCUGAAGUUUUGGAAAUGCAUAAUAAGCUUUCUCACAAAUCGUAUAUUGCUCUGGAGAAUGGAACCAAAUAUAAAAGCACUGGACCUUCUAUUAAAAAGAGACGUACGGGAUGCCCUUCUGCAUUAAAUGGAUUUGACAUUUUACCCUUACAGCAGGGUGGUCUUACAGCUAAUGGUCCAACAUCACAGCCCAAGCUUCUCCUCAAUGAAAAGGCUAAACGGGCACCUGCUUUACCCUCCGUACCAGAUCUGAGAAAUAUAGAUCAAGAGAAUUAUGUACUGCCGGAAAGACAACACAAUGGUCUUCCAGGAAAUAAUUCUUCUUUAUUGCAGCAUGAUUUGCAAAGAAUUUCACAUCUUGUAGAGAGAAUGCAAUAUCCUGAACCUAACCGACCAACUUGCAAUGGAUCGAAAAAUCCCACCGAUGGAAAUACUGUGUAUAAACCUCAAAAUACAUGGUCUGGUGACAAAUCAUUUACUAAGGCCAUGGACUCUAACCUAGAGCCGUAUGCCAAGAAGGCUAAGCGCAGUAUGACAAAUGACUUGGCAAAUUCUGAUGUGGCCAAGAAAGGACUUAAUGCUUUGGAUUCCUGUAUUUCUGCUCAUGAGAUGCUUCCUGGAAAACCUUCAACCUUGACUUUGCUUAGCAUAGGGGUUCAACCAACACCUGUGCAUGUUCCAAGUGAUCAGUCAUCUGAUCUGGCAUCUACCUCUAAUACUGAAGGAAUUAGACGCUCUUCCCGUCGUCGAGGAAAACGAGAUUCCGUACUUAAGGAUAAACGAUUUUGAAUGUUCACAUUAUUUAAUA